CUAAAAUGUUUCAACUCGCUGUCAUCUGCGCGCUUCUCGUUACCUGCGGCCUGGGAUCCCCGGCAUCGUGGCGGAAGCCGCGACUACUCGACGGGCGAAUCGUCGGCGGUGUUGACGCGAAGAUCGAGGAUCAUCCAUACCAAUUGUCGUUCCAGCAAUACGGGCAGCAUUUUUGCGGAGCAGCGUUGAUCAGUUCUAAAUGGGCCAUCACCGCCGCUCACUGUAUCGGGUCAUCCACCAAGUACUAUCGCGUAAGCGCCGGAAGCUCGAACAAAUCCAAUGGCACACAGUAUGCGAUUGCCAGCAUGAUUCGUCAUCCCAAGUUCGACUCUUACGCCAUUGAUUUCGACCUAGCUCUUCUGGAGCUCGAUAGCGACGUCGAAUUCCACGAAACCGUCCAGCCGGUUUCCCUACCUGAUUCCGAGGUCGAGGCUGGCACCAUUGUCAACGUGACCGGAUGGGGAGCGCUCAGGCAAGGCGGAAGCGCCGCAAGAUCGCUGCAGAGGGUCAGCGUGCAAAUAGUCCCCCGAGACUUGUGCGCCAAGGCCUAUAAGCAGUUCAACGUUAUAACUCAGAGGAUGAUAUGCGCCGGCGACAUGGCGGAGGGAGGCAAGGACUCCUGUCAGGGUGAUUCAGGGGGUCCCCUGGUCGCGGACGGCAUCCUCUACGGCAUCGUGUCCUGGGGCUACGGCUGCGCAAAGCCUGGCUUUCCGGGCGUCUACACAAACGUGGCCGACUUUCGGGAAUGGAUCAGAGGAGAGACCGGUAUCUGAGACGCGCGCGUCGAAUCCAGUGCUCCUGACUGGAUGAAUUGCGGGAUGUGACAACCUUCAGCUGUGAUUUUGACGAAUAACAAUAUUAUACAAUACACAACUUAAUAUGUACGAAAACGAGGGUGGACGGAGAUUAUUUGUUGAAUUUAAAUAAAGCAUGUAAUGUAAUAUGAAAGCACCGGAACGUUGAAAUA